CAGCCGGCCGCCGUUCCCAAGAUGGCCGCGGCGCGCACCGCUCCUGCGGCGGGCUGAAGGCGGAGGCGGAGCCGAGUCACUCCCGCACUCCGCAGCUCGGGUGCCCCCCUCCCGCCCUCCGGCGCCGGGCUGCAGCUGACUACCCGCCACGGCCAUGCGGGGCUCUGUGCACGGAUGAGAGAAGCUGCAGCCGAGCCGGUGUCCGCUCCCACCUUCGCCGUCACCCCUGCCGCCGCCAUGGAGGAGCCGCCGCCGCCGCCGGAUCCGGAGCCUGAGCCGGAGCGCUGCCCCGCGGCGAGGCAGGAGUGCAUGCUGGGAGAUUCAGCUUGCAAGAGUCUGGAGUCUGAUCCAGAGGACUUUUCUGAUGAAGCAAAUCCAGAAAACCUCUAUGGCACCUCACCCCCCAGCACGCCUCGGCAGAUGAAGCGCAUGUCAACCAAACACCAAAGGAAUAACCCAGGGAGACCGGCCAGCAGAUCCAGUUUGAAAGAAAAAAUGAGCACAGCAAAUCAGUCCCCACACAAAGACUCUGGGAAGCCGGUGGAGUCCGCAGAGGAGCACAGCUACAAGCAGGAGAGGAAGGUGCGAGCCACUCUGAGAACCACGGAGCGGGACCACAAGAAGAGCGCGCAGUGCUCGUUCAUGCUGGAUUCCGUAGCUGGGUCUUUGCCAAAAAAAUCGAUUCCAGAUGUGGAUCUCAAUAAGCCUUACCUCAGCCUCGGCUGCAGCAAUGCUAAGCUUCCGGUCUCCGUGCCCGUGCCUAUAGCCAGAACGGCACGCCAGACUUCCAGGACUGACUGUCCAGCAGACCGUUUAAAGUUUUUUGAAACAUUACGACUUCUGCUAAAGCUUACCUCAGUCUCAAAGAAGAAGGACAGGGAGCAAAGAGGACAAGAAAACACGUCUGCUUUCUGGUUUAACCGGUCGAAUGAACUGAUUUGGUUAGAGCUACAGGCCUGGCAUGCAGGUCGCACCAUCAAUGACCAGGACCUGUUUUUAUACACGGCCCGCCAAGCCAUCCCGGAUAUCAUCAAUGAAAUACUCACUUUCAAAGUCAAUUAUGGGAGCAUGGCCUUUGUUAGGAAUGGAGCCAGUUUCAAUGGUACUUCAGUAGAAGGGCAGUGCAGGACCCCACACGGAGCAAAGAGUUCUGGCUGCUCCAGGUGUCACGAGCAUCUCCAGCGCCAGAGGGUCUCAUUCGAGCAGGUGAAGCGGAUCAUGGAGCUGCUCGAGUACAUAGAAGCACUUUAUCCAUCGUUGCAGGCGCUCCAGAAGGACUAUGAGAAGUAUGCUGCAAAGGACUUCCAGGACAGGGUGCAGGCACUCUGUCUGUGGCUAAAUAUCACGAAAGACUUAAAUCAGAAACUGAGGAUUAUGGGCACUGUUCUGGGCAUCAAGAACUUGUCAGACAUUGGCUGGCCAGUGUUUGAAAUCCCUUCCCCUAGGCCAUCCAGAGGCCAUGAGCUGGAAUCCGAGGGAGAGGACACGGAGGGAGAGUUGAAGGAGCUGGAGAACAGUACGGAGGAGAGCGACGACGAAGGAGCCCCCAGUCUGAGGGUCUCAGAGCUCAGGCCAUCCACAGACAGCUUUGUGGACGUCCACUCACAGGACUGCGUAUCCAGGAAGCUUGAGAGGCUCGAAUCUGAGGAGGAUCCUGUGGGCUGGGAAGCAGCAGACUGUGGCACCGAAGCUGGCUUCAGUAGGCAUUGUCUGACUUCUAUUUAUAGACCAUUUGUGGACAAGGCACUGAAGCAGAUGGGGUUAAGAAAGUUGAUUUUACGACUUCACAAGCUAAUGAAUGGCUCCUUGCAAAGGGCACGUGCAGCUCUGGUGAAGAGCAAUGGUCCAGUGGAGUUCUCUGAAUUUCCAGAUCCCAUGUGGGGCUCGGAUUAUGUACAACUGUCCAGGACGCCCCCUUCCUCGGAGCAGAAAUGCAGUGCUGUGUCCUGGGAAGAGCUGAAGUCCAUGGACCUGCCCUCAUUUGAGCCCGCUUUCCUAGUGCUCUGCCGAGUUCUGCUGAACGUCAUCCAUGAGUGUCUGAAGCUGCGGCUGGAGCAGAGGCCUGCCGGGGAGCCCUCCCUCCUGAGCAUCAAGCAGCUGGUGAGAGAGUGCAAGGAGGUCCUGAAGGGCGGCCUUCUGAUGAAGCAGUAUUACCAGUUCAUGCUACAGGAGGUGCUGGAUGGCCUGGAGAAGACCGACUGCAACAUCGAUGCUUUCGAAGAGGAUCUGCAGAAGAUGCUGAUGGUGUACUUUGAGUACAUGAGAAGCUGGAUCCAGAUGCUGCAGCAGUUGCCUCAGGCGUCCCACAGCUUAAAGAAUCUGUUAGAGGAAGAAUGGAAUUUCACAAAAGACAUAACUCAUUACAUCCGGGGAGGAGAAGCACAGGCUGGAAAGCUGUUCUGUGACAUUGCAGGAAUGCUGCUGAAAUCUACGGGGAUCUUUCUAGAAGUCGGCUUGCAGGAGAGCUGUGCUGAGUUUUGGACCAGUGCUGAUGACAACAGUGCUUCAGAUGAAAUAAGGAGGUCUGUCAUAGAGAUCAGCCGAGCGCUCAAGGAGCUCUUCCACGAAGCCAGGGAAAGGGCUUCCAAAGCCCUGGGCUUUGCUAAAAUGCUGAGAAAGGACCUGGAAAUAGCGGCAGAAUUUGUACUUUCCGUCCCAGUCCGAGACCUUCUGGGUGCUCUGAAAGCAAAGCAGUAUGUUAAGGUACAGAUUCCUGGGUUAGAAAACUUGCACAUGUUUGUUCCCGACACACUUGCUGAGGAGAAAAGCAUUAUUUUGCAGUUACUCAAUGCUGCUGCAGGAAAGGACUGCUCAAAAGACCCAGACGACGUCUUCAUCGAUGCCUUUCUGCUUCUGACCAAGCACGGGGACCAAGCCAGGGACUCAGAAGAUGGCUGGGGCAUGUGGGAGGCACAGGCUGUCAAAGUUGUGCCCCAGGUGGAGACUGUCGAUACCCUGAGAAACAUGCAGGUGGAUAAUCUUAUUCUUGUUGUCAUGGAGUCGGCUCACCUCCUAAUGCAGAGAAAAGCCUUCCAGCAGUCCAUCGAGGGGCUGAUGACCCUACGGCAAGAGCAGACCUCCAGCCAGCCGGUCAUUGCCAAAGCUUUGCAACAGCUCAAGAACGAUGCUCUGGAGCUUUGCAACAGAAUCAGUGAUGCUAUCGACCGGGUGGACCACAUGUUUACGUCUGAGUUUGAUGCUGACAUUGACGAGUCCGAAUCUCUCACCCUGCAGCAGUACUACCGAGAGGCGAUGGUCCAGGGGUACAACUUUGGGUUUGAGUAUCACAAAGAAGUUGUCCGUUUGAUGUCUGGAGAGUUCAGACAGAGGAUAGGAGACAAGUACAUCAGCUUCGCCCGAAAGUGGAUGAAUUAUGUCCUGACCAAGUGUGAGAGCGGCCGAGGGACAAGGCCCAGGUGGGCAACUCAAGGAUUUGAUUUUCUACAAGCCAUCGAACCUGGCUUCAUUUCUGCUUUACCAGAAGAUGACUUCUUGAGUUUACAAGCCUUGAUGAAUGAAUGCAUUGGCCAUGUCAUAGGGAAGCCACACAGUCCUGUCACAGCCAUCCAUCGGAACAGCCCCCGUCCUGUGAAGGUGCCUCGGUGCCACAGUGAUCCUCCUAACCCUCACCUCAUCAUCCCAACGCCAGAGGGAUUCAGCGCUCGGGCCGGGCCUCCAGACGCUCGGAACCUCUGCGGCCCCACCGCCGCCGCCGCCGGUCGCCCUGGCCCCUGUGGUGGGGACGCUGCGCCGCCCAAACCCAUCAGCACUGCCCCUGACGCCAGGGGUUCCAGUGUCCCUGAAAAUGAUCGCUUGGCUUCCAUAGCUGCUGAGCUGCAGUUCAGGUCCCUGAGUCGGCACUCAAGCCCCACAGAGGAGCGUGACGAGCCAGCGUAUCCAAGAAGUGAUUCAAGUGGAUCAAUACGGAGAAGUUGGGAACUUCGGACGCUUAUUAGCCAGACCAAAGACACUGCUUCCAAGCAGGGGCCCAUAGAGGCCAUCCAGAAGUCAGUCCGACUGUUUGAAGAGAAGAGGUACCGAGAAAUGCGGAGAAGGAAUAUCAUUGGUCAAGUUUGCGAUACCCCUAAGUCCUACGACAAUGUCAUGCACGUUGGAUUGAGGAAGGUGACCUUCAAGUGGCAAAGAGGAAACAAAAUCGGAGAAGGGCAGUAUGGGAAGGUCUAUACCUGCAUCAGCGUUGACACAGGGGAGCUGAUGGCCAUGAAGGAGAUUCGAUUUCAACCUAAUGACCAUAAGACUAUCAAGGAAACUGCAGAUGAACUAAAAAUAUUUGAAGGCAUCAAGCACCCCAAUCUGGUUCGGUAUUUUGGUGUGGAGCUUCACAGAGAAGAAAUGUACAUCUUCAUGGAGUACUGUGACGAGGGCACGCUGGAGGAGGUGUCGAGGCUGGGGCUCCAGGAGCACGUUAUCAGGCUCUACUCCAAGCAGAUCACUGUCGCCAUCAAUGUCCUCCACGAGCACGGCAUUGUUCACCGCGACAUCAAAGGUGCCAACAUCUUCCUUACUUCAUCUGGAUUAAUCAAAUUGGGAGAUUUUGGAUGCUCGGUAAAGCUUAAAAACAAUGCCCAGACUAUGCCUGGAGAGGUGAACAGCACACUGGGGACAGCAGCUUACAUGGCACCUGAAGUCAUCACCCGAGCUAAAGGAGAAGGCCACGGGCGUGCGGCAGAUAUCUGGAGCUUGGGGUGUGUCGUCAUAGAGAUGGUGACUGGUAAGAGGCCGUGGCACGAGUACGAACACAACUUCCAGAUUAUGUAUAAAGUGGGAAUGGGGCACAAGCCGCCAAUCCCUGAAAGGUUAAGCCCCGAAGGGAAGGACUUCCUCUCACGCUGCCUGGAAAGCGACCCAAAGAGGCGAUGGACGGCCAGCCAGCUCCUCGACCACUCUUUUGUCAAGGUUUGCACAGAUGAAGAGUGAAGCUAACCAGCCCGUGGCCUAGUAGUGUGUGGACUCGGGAAAUCUCCUUAAUCACUACUGUAUGUAAUAUUUACACAGACUGCAGAGUGCAGCACAGCCUUUUUAACCUUCCAAGACUGAAGACUGCACCGUGACAAGUGUCACUUCUGCUGCUCCUGUUGUCUGACACGGCACAGGACCCUCCCGCGUGAUGGUGUCGACGGGGUUAAAGAAGCUGCAUGUCAAGUGCCAUUACUACUGUACAUGGACCGUCGCCGUCGUCUCCUCCCUCCCUCGUGUGACUGAGAACCAUGACAUCAGUGUAGUGUUUUUGAAGAAAAGGUAGUGUUCUCAGGUGUCCUGGACCUUGCUUUAGUCCUGUUUGUUGUGUGCACUGUCUGUGAAACCUUGUUAAUAAGCUGCAGGUUUGGUAUGCAAAGGCUCAUUAGUAAAAUUGAAGAAAAGGUUCUUUUUUCAAUAAAUGGUUUAUUUUAGGAAAGC